GGUUCCAGGCCGGGCGGCAGUUCUUUACCCAGAGUGCACCGCGGCUCCUUCUCCUCCUUCUCUCCGCUCCGUCAUGUCUGUGCUGGACGGUCCGCUCAAUGUUCUCGGUCAGAGGACCACCGGGGAGUCCGUGCGGACUCAGAAUGUCAUGGCUGCGGCCUCCAUCGCAAACAUCGUCAAGAGCUCCCUCGGUCCCGUAGGGCUUGACAAGAUGUUGGUCGACGACAUUGGUGAUGUAACCAUUACCAAUGACGGAGCCACCAUCCUGAAGCUGCUGGAAGUGGAGCACCCUGCAGCAAAGGUCCUCUGUGAGCUCGCAGAACUGCAGGACAAAGAAGUUGGAGAUGGAACCACAUCUGUGGUUAUCAUCGCUGCAGAGCUGUUAAAAAGUGCAGAUGAGCUGGUGAAACAGAAGAUCCACCCCACCUCUAUCAUCAGCGGAUACAGGCUCGCCUGCAAGGAAGCAGUGCGCUACAUCAAUGAGAAUCUGACCAUUGGCGCAGAUGACCUGGGCAGAGAGUGUUUGGUGAACGCUGCUAAAACCUCCAUGUCCUCCAAAAUCAUUGGAGUUGAUUCAGACUUUUUUGCGAACAUGGUGGUGGAUGCCGCCUUGGCAGUGAAGUUUGUGGAUGGUAAGGGAGUCGCCCGUUACCCCAUCAACUCUGUCAAUGUGCUGAAGGCUCACGGCCGCAGUCAGAAGGAGAGCUUCCUAGUCAACGGAUACGCACUGAACUGCACUGUCGGCUCACAAGGUAUGUUGAAACGUGUGCAGAAUGCCAAGAUUGCCUGUUUAGACUUCAGCCUGCAGAAGACGAAGAUGAAGCUGGGAGUUCAGGUCGUCAUCAGUGACCCAGAGAAGCUCGAUCAGAUCAGACAGAGGGAGUCUGACAUCACCAAGGAGCGCAUCCAGAAGAUCCUGGCAUCCGGGGCGAACGUUGUCCUGACGACGGGCGGGAUUGACGAUAUGUGUCUGAAGUACUUUGUUGACGCUGGGGCCAUGGCCGUACGCCGCGUUCUCCACAGGGACCUCAAACGCAUCGCCAAGGCAACGGGUGCCACCGUCUGCCCAUCUCUGUCCAACCUCGAGGGUGAGGAGACGUUUGAGGCGACCAUGCUGGGCCAGGCAGAAGAGGUUGUGCAGGAGAGAGUGUGUGACGACGAACUUAUUCUCGUUAAAAAUACAAAGGCACGUACAUCAGCAUCUAUAAUCCUGAGAGGUGCUAAUGACUUCAUGUGUGAUGAGAUGGAGCGCUCACUGCACGACGCACUGUGCGUGGUAAAGAGGGUCCUGGAGUCAAAGUCUGUAGUUCCAGGAGGAGGCGCUGUAGAGGCAGCUCUGUCCAUCUACCUAGAAAACUACGCCACCAGCAUGGGUUCCCGGGAGCAGCUGGCUAUAGCAGAGUUUGCUCGCUCACUCUUGGUCAUUCCCAAGACUCUGGCGGUGAAUGCUGCUCAGGACUCCACAGAUCUGGUGGCUAAACUGAGAGCCUUCCACAACGAGGCCCAGGUCAACCCUGAGCGCAAAAACCUCAAAUGGAUCGGUUUGGACCUGGUAAACGGGAAGCCCAGGGACAACAAGCAGGCAGGUGUCUACGAGCCCACCAUGGUCAAGACCAAAAGUCUAAAGUUCGCCACUGAAGCAGCCAUCACUAUCCUCCGCAUUGACGACCUCAUCAAGCUCUUCCCAGACCAGAAAGAAGGUGGUCCAUCUUACCAGGAUGCUGUUCAGUCAGGCUCUCUGGAGGGUUAAAGUCAGCCUCUGUUUUGAUUGUGGUGUCACGCACUCCGCUGUCUGUAUUUAUGAUCAUCACCCAAUGUUAGCAGUUGUAGUGUAGACCAUGCACUUUGCUUGUUACUUCUGUUUUUGCUACCACAGCAGCACAGCCAAGUGUUGCUAAGUGAACUGUAACUAACCAUUUGUUACUGGUCUCCAGGAAGGAAAUAAAAACAUAGCUUAAAAAACUUGACUAAAA